AUGUCGAAUAAUAGUGGUAAUGGUAGUGGUAAAACCGAAAAUGAUGAAGUUCUUGAAAUUGAAGAGUCAAUUCAAAUGAUUGCACCUGGGAUUCAGAGGAACUUACAACAAGAGGUUGUUACUGGGUUUUUUAUGAAUUUAGUGAGUUAUCCUAUUUUAGUUAUUGCAUUUCUAUUAACAUUUAGGUACUUAACAACUAGAGUCGUACCAUAUUUAUUCAUUGAUGAGUUUUUCCAUGUAAACCAAACUAUCAAGUAUAUUAAGAACGAUUGGUUUACUUGGGACCCUAAGAUUACAACCCCACCAGGAUUGUAUAUCUUAGGUUGGUUGAAUUACCAUAUUUUUAGAGUUUUCACCUCUUGGAGUACUUUAACUAUUCUGAGGUUAGUUAAUUUAAUCGGUGGUAUUGUUGUGUUGCCAAUUGUCGUUCUAAGACCUUUAUUUUUGUUCAAUGCAAUUGGGUUUUGGCCAAUUACUCUAAUGUGUUUCCCAUUGAUGACUACAUAUUAUUAUCUAUACUACACCGAUGUCUGGUCUACUAUUUUCAUCUUGCAAUCGUUGAACUUCGUAUUGACUUUGCCAUUCGGUGAAAGAACUAGUAUAUGGUUGAGUGGUAUAUUUGCUGGGAUUAGUUGCCUGUUUAGACAGACUAAUAUCAUUUGGACAGGUUUUAUUAUGGUAAUUGCUAUUGAACGUAGGGCAGCCAUUAACAAAAAGUUCAAUUCUCAUACUAUAAACAACUAUUUGAAACUGCUAAUCCAUGCCUUUGAUGAGUUUGAAACUAUUGUACUACCAUAUUUCAUCAAUUAUGUGCUGUUUUUCAUAUAUUUGAUUUGGAACAGAUCUAUUACCCUUGGUGAUAAAUCAAAUCAUUCCGCAGGCAUUCAUUUGGUACAAAUAUUUUAUUGUUUCUUAUUCAUUACAUUUUUCAGUCUUCCAUUAUGGCUUUCAAGAAAUUUCUUGAGAAAUUAUAGAACUCGUUGGCAGGUAAAACAAUUCCAAUGUUUUAUUGAGAUUAUUGGAAUAAUGCUGACCAUAAGAUUUUUCACUAAAGUGCAUCCUUUUCUACUAGCAGACAAUAGGCAUUUUACAUUUUACCUAUUUAAGAGAAUCAUAGGCAACCCUAGAAGGUUGUUUAAAUACGUUUUAAUGGCACCAGUAUACCAUUUUUCAAUCUUUACAUAUUUGGAAGUACUAAGACCAAGUGAAAUGACAUUCCAUCCAAUUAUGCCACUUCCAGUAAAGGAGCCAAUUGAACUACCAAUUCAAUUGACACACAUAUCAUGGACUGCUCUGAUCUUAUGCACAAUGAUUACAUUAAUCCCAUCUCCAUUAUUUGAACCUCGUUACUAUAUCCUUCCAUAUUAUUUCUGGAGAAUAUUCGUUACUUGUACCGCAGAACCAAUUAUUUCAGAACUAGUACCUGCUCCAGAAGGAACUCCUGCUGUCACUAUAGGCUCAACAAGAAGACUGUCGUUUGAGUUUUUAUGGUUUGCUGCAAUCAAUGUUUUUACAAUACUAGUUUUCAUCAAACAUCCAUUCUCUUGGAACUCAGAACAAUUCCCACAAAGAAUCAUCUGGUAA